UUUUUUUUUCUCCUGUCAAAGGAAAACGGAAUGACCUCUGGGUUUGGGAUUUUCACCAAAAAAAAAAGGAAUCCACACGGGUUAGUUGGACUUAUUUUGCUCCCAAUUGUAUUAAAUUGCUAAGUUGGCGAGUAUGUGUGAGACAAAGAGGUCUACCCAUCGACAGCUAUUCUGGGGCACCGCAUAGCACAGGAGUGUAAACGACCCGCUCUGGACAAUAGGCUAUAUUGUUUCACAUAGGCUAUCCAGGGACAAAUAUGGUGCGUCUUUUAAUUUACUUUACUAUUGUUUGGACAUUCAGAGAACUGCCUGACAGUUGUAGGUGACAUGGAGAAAUGUAUUUGUUUGAUUGUGGGAUGAAUAAGUGGCGCGCGCAUUUCUCGCACGAGCGCAGGUGGAAUGAAGAGGCGCUGUAGUAAACGAGGAGAAAACGCCGAAACUGGUCGAUAUUUUUAGCAGAAGAUUGUGUUAGUCACUUCUGUGGUUUGUGGGGUUUGUUCUUCUCGCGUUCCAUUUUAAAAUGUAAAUAGGCAUGUGUGGAAUACCGCUACUCUUUUGAGGGGCAACGCUUUAAUGGGAGGAUUUUUCUCUCUGGACUACAGUUAAUCAAUUUACACACAUCACUUUCACUUGAAAACCCAUUUUCGCGUGGAUAUUCAUCGUCGAGCAGAAGAAUGCCCGAGGAGUUUUCCGCAGCCAAAGCCCUCUACAUGGGCAUGGAGGUGGUGAUCGCCGUGUCAUCCGUGAUAGGAAACGUGAUGGUGGUUUGGGCAGUAAAAAUUAAUAAAUCUCUGAGAGAUACUACAUUUUCCUUCAUUGUUUCUCUGGCGCUCGCGGACAUUGCAGUAGGAGCGCUGGUCAUCCCACUGGCGAUAACUAUAAGUAUCGGACUCCAGACUCACUUCUACAGCUGUCUGCUGGUGGCGUGCACGGUGCUGGUUCUGACCCAAAGUUCGAUCCUCGCUUUGCUCGCUAUAGCCAUCGACCGAUACCUGAGGGUCAAGAUCCCAACCAGUUAUAAGCGAGUGGUCACUCCCAAACGAGCUAGAAUUGCAGUAUUCAUGUGUUGGACGGUGGCCUUCAUAAUUGGCUUGACUCCCAUGCUGGGCUGGAACAAUUUACACAACCUGCAACGUAACAACCGCUCACUCGGCCCUGACCUCAGCAUCACCUGCCAGUUUGAGAACGUCAUCAGCAUGGAGUACAUGGUCUACUUCAACUUCUUUGGUUGGGUGCUUCCCCCUCUUCUUUUCAUGCUCAUCAUUUACUCUGAGAUCUUCUACAUGAUCCACAAGCAGCUGAAUAAGAAGGUGUCCAGCCACUCUGAACCGAACAAGUAUUACGACAAAGAACUGAAGCUGGCGAAGUCUCUGGCACUAGUCCUUUUCCUGUUCGCCGUUAGCUGGCUCCCUCUCCACAUCAUGAACUGCAUCACGCUCUUCUGUCCGAAGUAUGAGAAGCCCAUGUUCCUAAUUUAUAUAGCCAUUCUGCUCUCGCAUGGCAACUCUGCAGUCAACCCCAUCGUUUACGCUUUCCGCAUCAACAAAUUUCGUACAGCGUUCCAGAGGAUCUGGAAACAGUACCUCUGCUGCAAGGAGGCUCCUCCUCCUGACAGCCAGCCAAGCGAGAGACUGGAUAACAAUCACUAUAUCGCCGCCGCCACUGCUCGUGCAGACCCUGCUUUGGAACAUAACGUCUGAAUGACUUCCCAGCAUCCUCUGGGGAGCUUGAAUGCCUUCUGCUGGCUGGACAGCCAAAGCUGUCAAGUCUCGGUUUGUCUCUUUUGAAUGUAAAUCAGAGCUCACCACAGACUGUUCUGGCUGAAAUGUCCAUUUAUUGAAAUGAGACCACAUCGCUCAUAAAAGAAGACAAAGUUCAUAGGG